UGACGUCAGCAGCGUUACCUGCAGUGCUCACCUGUAAAUAUGCGGAAGUGGCCGUUCAAGGAGUCAAGUGUUCAAUAUGGAAUAGUUGGCGUUGAGCGGAGCGGGUUUGGUGAUGAAAACGUAACGUCCAUGACACGAAGACAGAACCACUGAGGACCUGUCCUGCGUCUGCCAUCACUGCGGGCACCGGUUGUUUUGACUCCCCUGACUGAAGCGUGAAUGAACCAGAAAAAGUGAGACGCGGCGUCCGAAAAGAAAUGAAGUGCUUCGGAACCACUAAGGAAGAGUAUGAGCUGUGCGAGAAACAGAACGAUGAAACAAUGGAGUAUUUACUACCAACCACGUCGACACGCCGGACAUUCGACUACAUACUGGUGGCCGACAAGUUGGACGAUGACGACGCUGACCAGAAGGGACAGAGACAGAAAGCCUUCCUCCACGAGCUGGAGAGGAAACAUAUUUCCAUCGUCAAGAUCAUGCACGAUGACAAGGUCUUCUUCGGCCUGCGCGCUCCCAAAGAGAUUUUUGAAGACUAUCAGUAUCUUCUCAAAGUCUCCGACUCCUGUAACUGGUGUGGAGAAGCCAAGGGCUGCGUCUCACAGGCCACCAGGAUACGAAUUAUCAACUUUAUUCUCUAUCAUACAUUCAUCAACACUGGGGAGGAUCUUGAAGAACUGAUGAUGAAAGGCGUUUUUGAAACCGUAUUCUGCCUCCAUGAAAGAAAGAAGCAGAAACAGCUGAGGAAGAACUGGGCUCGAUGGUCGGGUCUGUUUACUGGACAACCAGUUAAUGAUGUCAAAUCAUACUUUGGAGAGAAGGUGGCGCUGUACUACCUGUGGCUGGGCUGGUACACCAUGAUGCUGGUCCCAGCUGCUGCUCUGGGCCUCGUAGUCUUCCUGUACGGACUUGCCUUUUUCAACACAAACCCACUGAUUAAGGAAGUGUGUAACUCCAGCACUAUCAUGUGUCCUCGCUGUGACAACAGGUGUACAGUGUGGAAGCUCUCAGACACCUGCUCCUACGCCAAGGUCAGCCACCUCUUUGAUAACGAGGGCACCGUGGCCUUCGCUAUGUUCAUGGCCAUUUGGGCUACUCUAUUCUUGGAGCUGUGGAAGAGGCACAGAGCCAAACAUGUGUCUCAGUGGAAAGUGUACGACUGGUGUGAAGAAGAGGAGGAGCUGAUCUUGGCCAUCGUCAGCAAUCCACACUGUAGUCCCAAACAAUUCAGACACUCCUACCUACGGACCACCCUGGUCCUCAUCCUGGUAACACUGAUGCUGAUGAUCAUCAUUGGUCUGGCUCACGCUCUGGUGGUGUUUAGAGUCGUGGCGGCUGCUCUGUUGUCCGAGGGCAACUGGGAGUUUGUCAGAGACCACGCCUCCUCUGUGGCCAUGCUGCUGGGGGCUGUGCUGCAUUACAUCACUAUUCAGGUCAUGACACGGGUAAACAGAUGGGUCGCCCUCAAGCUGUGUAACAUCGAGAAGACAAACUCCUUUGCUGCCACAGAGAGAAGCUUCACAGUGAAGAUGUUCACCUUCCAGUUCUUCACUCUCUUCUCCUCACUCUUCUACGUGGCCUUCUUCCUUGGCAGAAUAAAUGGCCAUCCUGGAAGUUAUGUCCGCAUCGCUCGCUGGAGGCUGGAGGAGUGCCAUCCCAGCGGUUGUUUGACGGACCUUUUCAUCCAGAUGGCUGUCAUCAUGGUGCUGAAACAGACGCUCAACAACAUCUUUGAGUUCACUGUGCCGUGGCUGAAGCAGUGCAUGAGCCGAAACAAAGUGAAGAAGCUGCAGAGAAAGUGUGGCUACUGUUACAGGAAAGCCUGUCGUAAUGAACAGGAGGGAGUCGACCCCUGUGACAUCUGCAAACUCCGUGACUGGCUACGAAACUAUCACCUGGCCGACUCCAACGCCUUCAGCCUUUUCAACGAGUUCCUGGAAAUGGUGAUCCAGUUCAGUUUCACCACCAUAUUUGUGGCUGCGUUCCCUCUGGCUCCUAUGCUGGCUCUGCUCAACAACAUCAUCGAGAUCCGCCUGGACGCCAUCAAGAUGGUACGGCUAGAGCGCCGGCUGGUUCCCAGGAAGACCAACGACAUUGGUGUGUGGACUCAGGUAUUGGAGGCCAUCGGGGUGUUGGCGGUGAUCGCUAACGGUCUGGUGAUCGGCGUGUCCUCAGACUUUGUCCCGCGCCUCGUCUAUCGCUACCGUUAUGGACCUUGUGCUACUGGAGGCAGCAACACACACUGCAUGCAAGGCUACAUCAAUGACACCCUGUCCACAGCCUUCAUGGGUCACCCUGCGGUGCAAAAUGACUUCAUACCGAAACAGAUGAUCACAGAGAGCGGCUUCAACGCCACAGAGUGCAGCUACAGAGACUACAGGAGUGACGAGGACUACAAACUGACCGCUCAGUUCUGGGUGGUAAUGGCCGUGCGCUUUGCCUUCGUUAUCCUGUUUGAGCACGUUGUCGUGGUGUGUAAGUUCAUAGCGGCGUGGUUCGUCCCCAACAGUCCAAUGAAGGUGAAGAACGAUAGACUGCACGACAAAAUGGCUCGACUAAAGGAGGAGCUCCGUGACAUCAAACGCAGCAUAUCAACAGAUGUUUGAAUCUUCCACAGUCACGUGCAGCUGUGAGUCCAAUCACAAUGUGAAUUCAGAAGAACCGUCUUCGUUUUACAGUUUAUCCUGUCUGCUGGUUGAGAGCACUGGACUCCACUAUAACGCNNCGCCCCCUUAUGGUUGAUUGUAGUUCUUGUCGCCUGCUGAAAUGUGACCAUUCAGCCAUUUUUUUUAAUAUAAUGUGUACAUAAAUGUAAUUUACUUUAUGUUUUUUAUAAUUAUUCCAAGAUGGCCGACUGACUUGGCUGUACUGUAAGUUUACCCGUUUACUCACCAAUGUAUAUGACAUUUCAUAUCAAUAUUACUUACUUUACGAUCUAAACAAACAUGGAAAAACAUUCUCAACAUCUGCGUCUACAGUUGUGAGUCCACUGUAAAAAAAUCACAUUUCCAGAAAGAUUGGAACACUUCUUGAGGACAGAGACAAAUAAAUGAUGUCAUUUGGUAAUGUCCUCCAUCAGAGACGAUGGUAUCUUAUUGGCUAGACACAGUUGAGGUCUCAGUGACCAGUUUUUUCUGGAAAUGUCACUGAAUGAACUCACCUGCAGACUCAGAUUUACUACAGUGGAUUGUGCUGCGCCACCUACUGGUGUUACUGACCCUUUGAACCUCGUCAAUAACCGCCAAUGAUUUACAUACCGGAUCCUUUUAAAGUCAAUAAAAAAUAUUUAUUAGGACUCUGGCAUCUCUUUGAUGGUGACAGUCAGUGUCUGUUGACUUUGUCCAUUAUAUUGUAAAUCUCAAGAGCUGUUUUUGUUUGGUUUGUUUUGUUAGCUUAAGUUUGUUGCUUGUUAUUUCCGUACACUACAAAAAAACAUGGUUGGAACAACAGCUGCAGUGAGAGUGAAGAGGAGAAAUGGGUUUACUAUGAGCUCUUGGCCACCAGGUGGCAACACUAAUGCAAAAAAUGUAAAUAUAAAGGCCUUGUGUAAAAAAAGUUAAAACUAACAAAAUAAAAAAAAGAAAAUUAAAUUGUAC